AUAGUAAUGAAGUUAUUUAAAUUUGUAUUUUAGUACCACCAAAAAACAAUCAACAAUGUUAGAGAAGCUGCUUUAUCUUCAUUGCCACAUGUUGUUGCAAUUGCUUUAGAUACUAAGGGACCAGAAAUUAGAACUGGAUUUAUGAAAAAUGGGAACGAUGUUUUUUAUAAAAAAGGUAGCAUUAUAAAGGUAUCUUGUGAUCCAGCUUUUGAACAUGAAUGCUCUGAGACUCAACAGUAUCUAGAUUAUAAAGAUCUUAUCACUUCUGUCAAACCAGGGGGUCAUAUUGUUAUUGCAGAUGGUAACUUUUUACUCGAAGUAAAAGAAAUCAUUGACAGCAAAAAUCUUUUGGCAGAAGUUUUAAAUGAUACAACAAUAGGCAGUCGUAAAAACUGUAACUUACCUGGGGCUAUAAUUACUUUGCCUUCCGUUUCAGAAAAAGAUGCACAGGACUUACAAUUUGGAGUGAAAAACAAAGUUGAUAUGGUGUUUGCUUCAUUUAUUCGUAAAGCCUCAGAUGUUGAAGAUGUACGCAAAGCACUCGGCGAAGAAGGCAAAUAUAUCAAAGUAAUUUCUAAAAUUGAAAACCACGAAGGUGUUGUUAAUGUUGACGAAAUCAUAGCAGCAUCAGACGGUAUCAUGGUAGCUCGAGGAGAUAUGGGUAUGGAAAUGCCUGCCGAAAAAGUAUUUUUGGCGCAAAAAAUCCUUAUUACUCGCUGCAACAGAGCAGGAAAACCGGUCAUUUGUGCGACUCAAAUGUUAGAAUCCAUGGUUAAGAAUCCGCGUCCAACACGUGCUGAAAUUACUGAUGUCGGAAACGCUGUUGUUGAUGGCGCUGAUUGUGUCAUGUUAUCUGGUGAAACUGCUAAUGGUUUAUAUCCCGUAGAAGCUGUUGAUAUAAUGCAUAAAAUAUGUCGACAAGCUGCUACUGUUCAAUUCUUAAGGGACUCGUUUUUUGAAAGAGCUGGUAAAGAUGAUUUUACUGACAUCACAGAAACAACUAGUAUUUCUGCAGUUACUGCUUCAUUUAAGACUAAUGCAUGCGCUAUCAUUGUGCUCACAACGUCUGGCCGCACGGCCUGGACAUUAUCCAAAUAUCGUCCUCGUUGUCCAAUUAUUGUGAUCACCAGAGAUGAGCAUAUUGCUCGUAUUUGCCAUUUAUACCGUGGUUUGUUUCCAUUAGUUUAUCUUCCAGACCGUAACAGAACAUGGCAUGACGAUAUGUAUGACCGUUUAGAUUUUGGAAUUGCUAGAGGACGUGAUAUGGGAUUUAUAAAGUCAGGAUCUUUUAUCAUUUUUGUUUCUGGAUGGCAUCCGGGUGCAUCCUCUACUAAUACAGUACAAAUUAUGCAAGUGCAAGACGACUCCGUAAUCGGAGAUAGAAAAAAUAUUAUUUUUGAAAAUCCUACCUAAAAGUCGGUUAUCCGAAGAAAUCUUUAUUACAAUUAUCUAAACACCGAAUCUUUGAUCCUUGAAAUAAAAAUAAAAUGUUGACUUUGCCAAAUAUAAAUAUAUUUUUGCUUUUCUUGUAAUACUCUUAAAUCUUUGGGUUUAAAAUAAUGUUUAACAACCUACACUGUA